AUGGCGAGGGAACUGAAAGAUAUGGCGGAUAUUCAUCAUAUUCGUGAUUCAUAUUCGUCUGUGUACAAUAGUGUGUUCACGCACUGUUUACCGUUUCAGGAGCCAGCACAGCAGGACAGACUCGCUAGAUUGAGGCACAAACUGGACCAACAACAGAGCAAGCUGAAUCGACUGCGAUUACUCAGAUCGCAGACGGAUCAGUCACGUGUCAACAAUGCGACAUUGACUUCCGAUCUGGACUGCAUCAGAGCCCUGUUCAAUGAGAAGGAGAAGGAGCUCUCGCUGGCCGUGGCGAAGGUCGAGGAGUUGACGCGCCAGUUGGAGGAACUCCGGGGUCGUCAAAAUGCCCCCGCCGGUGGUGGAAGCGCCGGCAACGUCGGGGGCGGUCUCGCGGGUGCCACCGGCAACGGACACCUGGCCACCCCGGCUAGCGCCGAACUGGAGAAACUUAGGAGAGAGCUUAUGUUUCGCAACAAGAUGAACGAACAGCAAAACCAAAUGGUGUCCCAGCAACGUCAGGCUCUGGCUCAACGGCAGGCCGAGAUGGCAUCGAUAGACGCGCGAAUAGCUCAGCUCCAAAGUCGUCUUCAGCGCAAGAGAGCGUUAAAUCAGCGGCUGGCGCAUCAACUGGGUCCUAACGGUGGCAGCGGACGUGGCGUCGUAAGCGGCGCCAACAACGCAGGAUUCCCGGACACGAAGCUCGACGGCUUUAACAACGGCGGCAAGCUGAGACCGACCGGCAACAUCGCCGCGAUCGAGCCGUACUCUCACAUACCGAACGACAACGAUUUCAAUCUGAACAAAAACGACCCCAAGUACCAGACACUGCCGUACAACACCAAGUUCACGGUGAACUUCAAGACCAUAGAGGACGAUGUGAACAAAAACAAGAUACAACACUCGGCGAGCGCCUCCCAGUUGGGACAGCGGCCGACCUUUCAGCAAUACGGACACCAAAUCGUUCACAGUCAGUCGCAAUCGCACAUUCAGGGGCAAUCUCAAUUAUUAGGAAGCAAUCAACAGCAACAACAGCAGCACAAUCAAAAUCUCGGCAAUCAACCCGCGACGAUUCAAUCGAGUUGCACCUACAAUAAUAACAAUAACAAUAAUAACAACAACAAUAGCAACAAUCUUAUCAGUAACGCACACAACUUCAGCCCGGACAAUCUGUCUCAAGGUCUUCGUCUUCAUCAGAACCAUCAACAGCAACAACAAUCGCAGGUGCAGCAACAUCAGAAUAACAAUGCCCAGCAGAAGCAACAUAACGUGACUGGCAUUAGCGGCGCAUCGACGACAUCGAAUGUCGUCGGUGUGACUGCUCCGUCGAUCACGCAAGCCGCGCAGAAUUCGCAUCGGAAUCUACAACAGACCGUAGGUGGACAUCAGAAACCAGUAUCAAGCGUGGCGCCGAGUUUUUCCGUCAAGUCGCAGAUUUAUCAGACCUCCUCGACCAAGAUUCAUCCGGUGAUGCCGCAAACGUUGAGUCUAUUGGGUCGCGGGCAUAACAACAACAACAACCCGGCGCAGAACUACAUUGGCAACAAUCAGCAGCAAGCAGCAGUGACCACGCAGCUGCAAUCCAAUGCGGGAAAUCAAGAAGCGAAUUAUAGACACGGUUACUCCGCUGUCCAACAGCAGCAGCAACAACAACAGUAUCCCAAUCAGACAACUGGUAUUCACGCGUCCUCGCCGGCAGCCGUCUAUCAGGUUCAGAAUUCGUCGAAUCUCACUGGUUUUCAUGGCACCGUCGCGACAACCUUCGGCAAUUCUUCCCAGAAGUACAACCAAUCCUCGCAGUUAUCGAAUUCUAACGAUCUCGUGCAGAACCAGGAUCAAAACCAGGUAUUGAACAGUCAGAAGGUCAAGUUUGAGCCAGGCAAAAGUCAGGAUAAAUUUGAACACGCAUUACCGCCCAGUAAUAAGCAUGAACAACAGCAGCAAAAUAGGUACGAUCAAAAUCUCACGAGUAAAUACGAGCCCCAGCAACAGAGCGGCAAGCAUGAUCCAGUUGGAAUUCAGGCGAAACACGAGCAGCAUUUGCACAACGUUAAGUACGAGUCCGGUUCCCAGAAUUCGCAACAGUACGGCAAACACGAGCAACAACAACAGCAUGAAGGAAGAUUGCCGAUCAAGUACGAUCACAAUUCGACGUUCAAGCACGAGCCUUCAAACACUAGCCAAUAUAAGACGGAAUACAAACCGGAGCCGAACAAGUACGAUAACAGUGGUCAGAGCAAAUUCGAAACGAUGCCGACUAAAUACGAGCAGAAUUCCACAACGAAGCACGUAGUAGAUCACGUAAUCGCCAAGUUCGAGAUUCCCGCGAAAACACCGUACGAGUUUGACAACAGACCGACGACCAAGGGCAAUGACGGCGAGAGGAAGAAUUUUAACGAGUCACGAAUGGAUGAUAAGACAAAGCCGGCACUGCCGCCGAAACCGAGCAAACCGAAUCCACCGCCAAGACUGACUCAUCAUGAGAAGAUCGAUGUGCCGUCAUCCGAAGGCAUAAACGAGGGCAAGAUGACCAAUACGAAUCUCAAUUCUAGGUCAGAUAAGGACGAGGAUAUACCGCCAAUUCCCACGUCGGAACCGCCUGAAUCUCCCACGGAGACACAGCUGGCAAAUCAUCAAAUCAUCAAGGCUCGGCCACUGACUCUGAAGAAAGCACCGAUAUCGGAGCAGCCUAAGCUGAGAUACAAAUCCAAUGUUCACGUAUCGAUAAAUCGACGAAUUGAAAUGCCCCCGGCCUUCCUGUUCCCGGAAACGGAAAUCCCGGCGGAUCUUAUGCAGACCGAGCAACAACAGCAGCAGCAACAUCAACAACAAAUUAUCGAUACUACGGACAAUUGUAAGAGCUCCGUUAUAAACGACGAUAUUGGCGACGGCGAGAAACUAGAAGAGGCGGAUAUCAUCGAUGCUCUGAAUGUCAUCAACAUCGAGGAUAAGCCAUCGAAGAUGAAGACCGACUCGGAACUAACUGGCGAAGUGGAAAUAGACGGAGGAAAGAUAUCGGAGGUGAUGAGGAGGAAAAAGGGAAAUCUCAAGUCGUCGAGUACGACAGGGAGCGGAAGCGGUAAGGUCAAUUUAUCCAGACGGGUAUCGUUCGAUCCAUUGGCGUUGUUGCUCGACGCUAGUCUCGAGGGAGAGCUGGAGCUCGUGAAGAAGACCGCGAAGGAGGUUGCCAAUCCCAGCUCCGCCAACGACGAGGGUAUCACUGCUCUGCACAACGCCAUAUGCGCCGGUCACCUCGAGAUCGUUAAAUUUCUCGUAGAAUUUGGCUGCGAUGUCAAUGCCCAGGACAGCGACGGAUGGACACCGUUACAUUGUGCCGCCAGUUGUAAUAAUCUAUCUAUGGUGAGAUUCUUGGUCGAACACGGGGCCUGUAUCUUCGCGACCACUCUUUCGGAUCAUGAGACAGCCGCGGAAAAGUGCGAGGAGGACGAGGAAGGCUUUGAUGGAUGUUCAGAGUACUUGUACAGUGUUCAAGAGAAAUUGGGGAUUAUGAAUAAUGGUCAAGUAUAUGCGGUUUUUGAUUACGAGGCGCAACAUGCUGACGAGCUUUCGUUGAAAAACGGCGACUCCGUGGUCGUACUUCGGAAAGGCGAUGAUAACGAACGGGAAUGGUGGUGGAGCAAACUUGGGCAUAAGGAAGGCUAUGUACCUCGGAAUUUAUUGGGGUUAUAUCCCAGAGUACAACCAGUGAAAGCGGUUGACUAAAGGGUUUCGUGCUCGCAGAAUAUCCGACGAUUAUUACAGUAUUCGAUUUGCAGCUUUAUCUUGUUAAUUGUUAUCUCACGACACAUAGGCACAUUAGUAGCGUUAUUUAAUAGCAUCUCAUUGCCAUCCGAAGCGGAUACGGAUAUCACAAAGCGGGAUUCUACCAAACUUUUUAACAGUGUAAUAAUCUCUUAAUUUUACGGAGUAAUUUUUUUAUGACUUUUAAAAGGAGAUUGCAUUAUCGUGGGUUUCUCGAUCAGCGGACGGUUACGAUUUGCCAUAAUCCGCGAAUUGAACGAUCGCGCAAACACACUCGCAUUAUUGACAAUGUAUAUAGAACAUUUAUUUGAAUGCGUAUCUCCUAAAUGAUUCUUUUUUCUUUCCACAUUAUUUCGAUAUAAUAGGGAUGUUUUAGUAACAGAUUGUAUGUACAACUCUAUUGGCUGAUAUAUCUAUCCCUUUUUAUUGCAUUUGCUACACGAUAGUCGCAUGCGCACACUCUCACUCUUUGAUUCGAAAGUUUAGUUAAGAAUUAGUGCGAUAUUUCGCGUACGCGCAAUUGCAAGCCAUUAAAAUACUUAUUGUAUAGCAUUAUAUCUUUCAAACAAAAGAAUUUUAUCUUUUUAUUAUAUACAGGAAGGCUGUCCUGUAAUUAGUGAAAGUGCAUGCAUAGCAUUAAAUCUUGUGAAAUUUAGAAUCGAUUUUUAUUCAUGAAAAUAUCUCGUUCCCCAUUUACUUAAGUUUUAGAGAUGUAAAAAUAAAUAGGGGAACUUUUUUUUAUUGUUCUAUUUUAAACAUUAUUCGUUGUUCAAUGUAAAGUCUAUGCAUAUUACUUUUGUAUUUGUACAAAAUUGUAAUUUAGGACAUAGUUAUUAAGAAUUGUAAAUGUUGGAAUUUGAUAAGUGUUGUAAAAAGAUAGUGAUUUACCUCGCGACGUCUUCGCUAAAGAACGAUUGACUCGAAAUUUCACAAGCGCUAUAUAUGUCCACUUUUCCUCGAUUCCUCGAUGUUUACGAUUACUCUGUAAUGCGCGAGCAUCGAUUGUAGGAAUUUUAUCACUUUAAUUUGCAUCACCUAAAUGCUCAUGUUUAGAUGAGGUCAGAUUAUAUUGUUACGUUUACCCAAGAGAUAUUAUCGAAAUACUUUCGGAUUUCGUUCAUUUUUUUUUUUGGAGCUAUUCCUAAAUGACACGUAAUCUUGCCAAUACGCAUGAUGAACGAUACGAGAUAGCUUUUCGAAUGACGAUGUGCAAUUAUAUGAAAAAGCGUAAAAUUAUAGAAUAUACUAAAGAAAUAUAUAUAUAUACAUAUAUAUAUAAUACAUUUUGAUUACGCCCUUAAUUAAACUAAUUUGAUUCGACAAUGCCUAAAAUGUCAUGUAAUACCUAGAGCAUCUACAAGAUAAUGAUCGUUUGUCGACCGAGUAUAACGCUGUCAGAAAUUUUCUAAGCAUCUUUACUACGUUGUGCUCUUGUAAUAGAUAUGUACAGGUGUGUGAUAUAUGCAAAUAUGAGCCGCUUAGAGGAUUUCUGACUGCUCGUCAAGUGAAAUAUGUGCCUUUCGAAAGUAAUAAGAAAUAUAUAAGAAAACACACACACGGUAUAUUAUGACAAAUAAAUUGUUUUUAAUAAAAAAAAUUACAUUUAUUCACGUUAGUCCACUCCCUCUCAGGCAUCAUUUAUAAUAAAUAUAUUAUAAUUACGAUAUAAAUAUGUAAUAAUGCUAAUUAUACUGUUACAUUGGUUGUGAAUACAAUAUUCUCACAACAUACAAAAAUAUCAUUUGUGUGAUAUAAAUGCUUUUGAGAAGGGCGAGGAUCCAAAAUACAUCAAGUUACGAUAAAUAAAAUAAUUGCUAUACAAUAUAA